CAAACAUUGAACUUCUCCAACCAAGCAGAUUCUACAAUAUCAUUAGCUGCCAUAACUGGGCCCGAUUUCAAAACAAUCAAAAUCAUCACACCCAAGGUAAAUGACUCCAGCCUGCUUAGCUUGGAGGAAAAAUUUGUUCAUGAGAUUAAAGUGAAUGAAGAAAUGUUUGACCUGUCUUGUCAAACUUUGUAUGACACAACAUACUGUUUAUCUCGAACUGUUGACAAAUGUUUACUGUUUGAGAUAAGCUGUGACAGUGAUGGAGAUGGAAUGAGCAGUUCUUUAAAGAAUACUCUUCAUUGUGAAGGGAAGACGUAUACUUCAAUAAACUUGAGUCCAUAUAUUCUGGGAGAAUGUCUUGUAGCUGACCAUACAAAUUCUGUCUUUCUGUGGGAUAUCAACAGAAGUGUUCAGAAUGUGGUUAAUCAACACCCUCACCGAUUCCCUUGCAAAUCAAAUUGGUGUAAUGUCCACUACGCUUCACAUCCAAGGUCAUUUGUUUUCACUAAUCAAUCAGCUAUGGAACUGAUGGAUAUCAGGACAUCAUGUAGAAACCCAAGAGAUAUAUUUGCUCUUCCGAAUAAGUUUCUGUCUAAGGAUGAAAGAAUUUCUGCCUCAUGUUGUUCUCGGACCAAUCCAUUCCAUCAUUUUGUAGCUACAAAUCAUGGUUUGUUUCUCAUAGAUGAAAGAUUUCUGGGUCAUCCAGUGUUACAAUGGCAGCACAUGCUAGAAGGAAUCCCCCAUUAUUUAUCACCAAUCCAAGGUGCUGUCCAGUCUUCAGGUGAUGAAGUUCUUCUAGCUGCCAGUCAGUAUCCAAAUGAGGCCAUAUGUGUACAAUAUCGAACAGAUCCUAAUCACCCACCUAUAGCUAUGUGUUCUCCUUGGCGAAUCUCAAGACCUGGAGAUUUAUACUUCAUUGAAAAGAUUAUCAAUCAAAUCAAAGACGUCAUCGUUCAUGAAAGACUCUCUGAUCCCAUCGUUGGGGUUUUCUAA